UUCCCACGAGAUUUGACUAUUAUUAGAGAAUUAGUUAUUAAAAAGAAACAAAAAGCAGAUGUUGUUUCGUUUCACUCAAAUUCCGUUAACCAAAACAUUUUGUUUAAAACAGUUGUAGCCUUUUUCUCCAAUUCUUUUCAUAAUCAUUAAUAUUCAUCUUGUUUUUGGUUCUCUAUCAACUUUGUUCCUGUUAGAAACUUUUAUUUUUUGUUUUUGUUUUUGGUGACAAUGGAGUUCGGAGAUGAUAGGAGUCUUUACCUUAGAGACACAUGGAGAGAAGCAAACACAAUCUGCGGCGUCCUACCCAUGAACCCGAGCUCGAACGGGAUAUGGCCAUCCACUAAGCUCCAAGAUCCUAAAGCCAACAUUGAGUUCUGGAACUACAUGUUUCCACAUGUUGAGAUCAUUUUCCUCAUUGUCACCCUCCUAUGGCAAUUCUUCCAUUUCUUCUUCAAACGUCUUGGCAUGAUUCGUUUCACUUCCCACAUGCUUACCGGAAUUCUUCUCAGCAAGUCGUUUAUGAAAGAGAAUACACCCGCGAGGAAUUUUUUUUCGACACGAGACUACAAAGACACUCUGUUUGGUCUGGUUGGUGCGUGUUCAUACAUGAUGUUCUGGUUCUUGAUGGGAGUUAAAAUGGAUUUGGGUCUGGUCCGCAACACAGGGAAGAAAGCCAUCGCCAUUGGCCUCUCCUCUGUGUUACUCUCCAUAACGGUUUGCUCCUUGAUCUUCUUCAUCAUCUUAAGAGAUGUAGGAACCAAAAAAGGAGAACCGGUGAUGAAUUUCUUCGAAAUCAUCUUCAUCUACUCCAUCCAAUGCCUUUCCUCUUUUCCGGUUAUCGGAAACCUUCUUUUCGAGCUUAGGCUACAGAACUCAGAGCUUGGCCGUCUAGCUAUGUCUUCUGCAGUGGUCAGUGACUUCAGCACCUCGGUUCUCUCUGCGGUUCUCGUCUUCUUAAAGGAACUCAGGGAAGAGAAAACUCGGCUUGGUUCCAUAUUCGUCGGAGAUGUUGUUGUCGGGAACCGACCUAUGAAGCGUGCAGCGACAGUUGUGGUCUUUGUUUGUUUCGCCAUAUACGUCUUCAGGCCAUUGAUGUUCGUCAUCAUCAACAGGACACCAUCCGGUCGUCCCGUGAAGAAAUUCUAUAUAUAUUUAAUCAUCAUUCUUGUGUUUGGAUCAGCCGUUCUUGCGGAUUGGUGCAAGCAAUCUAUUUUCAUCGGACCUUUUAUUCUAGGCCUAGCGGUUCCGCACGGACCGCCUUUGGGAGCUGCCAUCGUUCAGAAGUUCGAGUCUGCAGUUUUCGGCACAUUCCUUCCCUUCUUCGUGGCUACAUCCGCGGAAGAGUUUGAUACUUCUAUGUUACAGUCUUGGACAGAUUUCAGAAGUAUCUUCAUCAUCGUAUUCGUAUCCUUUGUCGUCAAAUUCGCUCUCACCACACUCCCUGCCUUGUUGUACCGUAUGCCUGCAACUGACUGCCUUGCUCUCUCCCUUAUUAUGUCCUUUAAAGGCAUCUUCGAGUUCGGUGCUUAUGCAUUUGGGUUUCAAAGAGGAUCUAUUCGGCCUGUGACCUUCACCUUCUUAUCUCUUUACAUCUUGUUGAACUCUGCAAUCAUACCUCCGAUCUUGAGACGUAUAUACGAUCCUUCAAGGAUCUAUGCAGGAUACGAGAAGCGGAACAUGCUUCACAUGAAACCAAACUCUGAGUUGAGGAUUCUGUCGUGUAUCUACAGAACCGACGAUAUUCAUCCCAUGAUCAAUCUCCUUGAAGCUACUUUCCCUUCAAGAGAAAGUCCUGUAGCUACUUACGUUCUUCACUUGAUGGAGCUCAUAGGACGAGCUACUCCGGUCUUCAUCUCUCACCGUUUGCAAACAAGAAAAAAUGAGGACACUUCUUAUAACUCCGAAAGCGUCAUUGCCUCGUUUGAUCAGUUCCACAAAGAUUUCUUCGGCUCUGUUUUCGUCAGCACUUACACGGCUAUAUCUGUUCCCAAGACGAUGCAUGGAGACAUAUGUAUGCUCGCUUUGAACAACACAACCUCUGUCAUCAUCCUUCCUUUUCACCAGUUUUGGUCUGCUGAUGGAUCAGCCAUUGUUUCCGACAAUAUCAUGAUCCGGAAACUGAACAAGAGUGUCCUCGACCUCUCUCCUUGCUCUGUCGGAAUCUUCAUAUACCGGAGCAACAAUGGCAGGAGAUCGAUCCGAGCGACUGCUGCAAACUUCUCAUCUUACCAAAUAUGCAUGCUUUUCCUUGGAGGUAAAGACGAUAGAGAAGCUUUAACACUCGCCAAGCGAAUGGCUCGUAACUCACGGAUAAAGAUCACAGUGCUUUGUCUGGUCUCUUCUGAACAAAAAGCCAAACAAGUAACUGAUUGGGAUCGAAUGCUCGAUUUAGAACUGCUCAGAGACGUGAAGAGCAAUGUUCUUGACGGUGUCAACAUUAUCUACUCCGAGCAAGUAGUGGAUGACGCCUCACAAACAUCAAAAUUGUUAAAAUCCAUUGCAAACGAAUAUGAUCUCUUCAUCGUGGGAAGAGAGAAAGAAAGGAAGAGCGUUUUCACAGAAGGGCUUGGGGAAUGGAGUGAGUUCGAGGAACUUGGCGUCGUUGGAGAUCUCUUGGCUUCACAAGAUCUUAAAUGCCAAGCUUCUGUGUUGGUGAUUCAGCAGCAACCGCAGAUGAUUUAGGAUAGUGUAUAUAUUUCACACUUCUUUCUUCGACCUAUGAACAAUUCUACAAGUUUAUUUGAGAAGU